AUGUACCCACCAACUGAACCAUUCGAGACCGGCAGGCUCAAGGUGUCUGACAUCCAUGAGCUCUACUAUGAAAUCUCUGGGAAGAAGGAUGGCAACCCUGUUGUUUUCCUGCACGGUGGCCCCGGCGGUGGUACAGAUAUAACCGACAGAGGGUUCUUUAACCCUGACAAGUACAAGAUCAUCCUCUUUGACCAAAGAGGUGCUGGAAAGUCUACCCCGAGCGCGUGCUUGGAAGAGAACACAACAUGGGACCUUGUUAAAGAUAUCGAGAAACUGAGGGAACUGCUCAAGAUCGAGAAAUGGCAUGUGUUCGGGGGUUCUUGGGGAUCGACUUUGUCUCUAGCUUACGCUCAGAGCCAUCCCGACCGUGUCAAGAGCCUUGUGCUUCGAGGAAUAUUCACGCUUCGCAAGAGUGAACUUAAAUUCUUCUAUCAAGACGGUGCCUCUCAUCUAUUCCCUGAGGCUUGGGAUGAAUAUGUUGCUCCGAUCCCCGAGGCCGAGAGGCAAGAUAUGGUCCUCGCUUAUCAUGCUCAGUUGAACUCCGUCGACGAAGAAACCCGUAUCAAGGCCGCAAAAGCGUGGGCUAAGUGGGAGAUGUGGACUUCGAAGCUCUAUGUCGACCCCGCUCACAUUGCCCACGCCGACGACGAUAAAUUUGCGAACGCCUUCGCCCGCAUCGAGAAUCACUACUUCGUCAAUGAAGGAUUCAUGACAGAUGGCCAGCUUCUCGAGUCACAAGAGAUCGACAAGAUGUAG